UUAGCCAUUACUACUCCCCACCUAAAUUAUUAGACACAAAGAUUGACUUUUGAUGCAGAAAAAGGCUUAAAAAACAAGAAAAAUAAACUCUUUUUUGGAGUAUACUAAACCAGAAAGAUAAUAAUACCUAACAGUACCCCUUUUCAUAUUUCUACUAGUCUUUCUUUUCUCUCUCUUCACAUUUUCUGCAAUCUUCGAGAUAUUUGUGUAUUAUUGGUUCCCUUUUUCUUUUUCUUGAAUUUUUGCUUUGAGUUCUUGAAUAUGGUGUCCAUUAUAAAAAGGGUAAUGGUUGCUUUUAUUGGACUUUGUGCUGCUUGAUUGAGUCUUGAUAUGUUGUCCCUGGCUUAAUUGGUUGUUUAGUAUACAAUUUUUACAUUCUGGGCUUCUUGGGUUUGCUAUCUUUAGUUUUUUGUGGGGGGGGGGGCUCUAGAGAAAGUUUUGAGAAAGCCACCCAAUAUUUAAUUCUUGAUUUGGUCUGCUAGUUGUGCUACAAUUAUUGUUAAAAAUUCAGUCUUUUUUUGACUUAAGCAGUGAAUCUGAAGUUGGAACCUGUGACAAAGUUCAGCUCUGGCUCUUUAGUAGGUAAGUCCUAACCAAUUCUGUGAAUUCCCAUAAAAAUUCUUAAGGUUUGUGCUGCUGUUAUUUGGAUUUCUUAAAGUACUCUUUUUUCCAUUUGGGGUUUUUAGGAAAUAGUUAGUUUUUGUACCUUUGAGUAGCCAACUUUGAUUUUGUGAGUUUUUUUAAUAAUGGACUGUCAUCAAGUAGUCACUAUGGCAGAAUCAGAAUCCCUUGUUGUUAAUGACAAGACAAAAUCUGGUUCUAUGAAUUGUCAAGGGAAGGGUGGUGUGAUUAGAAAUGUAGAGGGGUUUAUUGGGGUUCUUGAUGUUCAUGUGCACCAAGCAAGGGACAUACAUAACAUAUGCAUAUAUCAUAAACAAGAUGUGUAUGCCAAGGUUUCCUUAACUAGUAAUCCUGAAGAAGCUGUUUCAACCGAUACUAUUAAUGGUGGGGGUCAGAAUCCAGUUUUCGAUCAGAGUCUUCGACUCAAUGUCAAGACUAUUGAGACAUUAGUGAGGUGUGAGAUAUGGAUGAUGAGUAGGGUCAAGAAUUAUUUGCAGGACCAGUUGUUGGGAUUAACUUUAGUACCUCUUUGUGAUGUUCUUGCUGAGAAUGGAAAGCUAGAACAAGAAUUCACCUUGUCCUCGAGUGAUCUCUUCCAUUCUCCGUCAGGUUUUGUGCAAUUGACACUAGCAUAUACUGGUGCAACCCCGGAAGUCUUGGAAAUUCCCACACCAGGCCAUUCUUUGGCUGCAGCAAAUGGUAGUGGAAUAGCUGAGAGUAUUCCUUGUGAACUGGUUAAGAUUGAAUUCCCAGAUCCCCAAAUUGUGAACGAAAAUGAACGAAUGGUUACCGAGUAUUAUGCAAUUCCUUGCACUGAAUUGGAUGGUCAAAGCUCUGAGCAUACAGACUCCAAGGAAAAUGGGGAGCACAUAUCUUCUGAAAACGUUGAGAUUACAUCAGAAAGUGUGGCUGUUGAAGGUCAGGAUGCCACUGAAAUCAAGAAGUUAGAGACUCUAACCCUGAGUUCUUCAACCAAAAGUUCUCCAUCAAACUCAAUCCCCAAACAGACAUCAUGCGCUACGAAGGAGGAAUCUGCACUGCCUCUGAAUGAUACUAAAGACAGUGCUAAAGUGGUUGAUAGCACCUCGCCUGCUGUGGCUGUUAGCACGUUUACGGUGCCAGUUGUCAACGUGAGCAUUGUACCAGAGAAACAGGUUGUGCAGCAAGACAUAGUUGAUAUGUAUAAGAAAAGUAUGCAGCAAUUCACGGAAGCUCUAGAAAAGAUGAAACUUCCUCUGGACAUUGAAAAUGGAUCACCCAUCCAAAAUGGAAAUGACAAAACAGAGAGCUCCAGUUCAAGUGAGAGACCACAGGCGCGCCCAAACGGCCAAAGCCCAAGAGUAUUUUAUGGUAGCAGUGCCUUCUACUGAACUGUAGAAAAGGUUCACAAAAGAAAUAGGUUGUACUUUUUAUCUGCCUGAAUUUACUUGCUUGUAGUUGAGCAUAGACUGGAAUGUUUCCAGUUUAAUUAGGAUAAUCAAGAAGCUGUUUCCUAUGAACUUUUCAUGUUGCUGUAUUAGAAAUGUUGUUACCUAAUGUGAUUUAAGUUUUCUUGGUUCCUGUCAA